AUGGGUGCGACGGCAUUGACGUUGGCCGCUGCUGGAGCCCAUCUUCACAUUGUUAAAAAAUUGGUAUCUCUUCGGCUAGAGGUCUCGCCACCAACGGGCUUAUGUCCAACACCUUUAAUCGCCGCUGCUUUUCGAAGUAGUCCACAAAUAUGUGGAUUCCUUAUUCAUCGAACUCUCAAGAAGAAAACUGCUGCUGAACUCGCCGAGCAGUUCAAACGUCACGACGUGUUGGCGAUUCUCGCUGAUAAAAGCCGCAUUAGGCACCAUGAUCGCAUAGCCGUAGGUGAUAUUCGGCAGUUGAUAGCUGAGAAUCAGCUGGAUAGCCCCGAAUUCUCACGCGGUAAGCAGACACCAUUAGCGGAAGGUGCGACGCCGUUGAUGUUUGCCGUGGCCGUCGGCAACGAAAGAGCGGUUAGGCGAUUGGUCGAUUUGCGAGUGGAGGUGAACGAAGUCGAGUCUCGUCAUGGUCUCACAGCCCUACAAAUUGCAUCGCUUCUUAGGCUUGAUAGUAGCGCUCUUGUUCUGUUGAUAAACGAGGCUAGAACUGGUGAUCUCAAUGCGCUCAAUAUGUCUGCAUUCGACCUGUAUAUAACUAGUAGUGGGCGAAUGUUGCACAUCUAUCGACCGUCUCGGCUUGAAGGUAAACUGAAUCUGAGUGGAAGCACCACUACGCUGUCAAAAGUGCUGGCGACAGGACGGCCAAAGGAAUGGCUGUCACGAUUCUCAACUCAACUGGGUCUCUCAUCCGAAUCGCAAGCAGCGUCAAGUGUUAUGGACAUGCGGCAAUGGCGCGACUAUUGGGUACGGAACAGCGGCACGGACGGGCGAUUUUGGAAGAAACUAGUCACUGCCGAAGAGAUCUUACGAAUGACAAAGAACGCAACGCCACUCAAAACUAUCAGCUAUGAUACGGUAUUAGAUGCUGUGAAGAAGAUGGCGCAACAAUCACAGUCGUUUCUCGUAAGCUGCUUCUACGAUUCCUAUGUUGGUGAUGUGAAACGAGAGACCGAUAAUGAAAGUGACAGUUAUAAAUGGGAAUACUUACGAUCGAGCUCAGAUGGUUACCAGCAGUCGAAGAGGCGAGUGAUCAAUCCCAGGGAUUCAAUAGUUGUCCAUCGACGAGAGGGAAGCGAUGGUAUGCCACCUUCCUCAGAAGGAUGUUUUGACAACAAACUAGUCACUGCCGAAGAGAUCUUACGAAUGACAAAGAACGCAACGCCACUCAAAACUAUCAGCUAUGAUACGGUAUUAGAUGCUGUGAAGAAGAUGGCGCAAAGAACCGAUAAUGAAAGUGACAGUUAUAAAUGGGAGUACUACGAUCGAGCUCAGAUGUACACAUCACAAUGCGGUUACCAGCAGUCGAAGAGGCGAGUGAUCAAUCCCAGGGAUUCAAUAGUUGUCCAUCGACGAGAGGGAAGCGAUGGCAAUCGUAAACCUCGAACGUUAUCAUUUCUUGACUCACCGUCACAGAAUCAGAUGCGCACCACUCCACGAAUGCUGAAGAAGUCGCGUGACUCAAUGGUAAUGGAGGAGGUGAUACCGCGAAACACUUAUGAUCAACUUAGGAAGACAGCUUCAACUCCACUGCUUGUACAAGUACCAACAAUGAUUGGCACGCCACAUAUUCGUUUGGCAUUGAGUCAGUCAGACCGACGCCGCACCGUUGAAGAGCGGAUUUGGGGUGAACUACGUAAACACAACAUGUCUCAAUAUAUUGACGUGUUCCAGAAGGAGGAAAUCGACGCCGAGUCAUUCUUCACUCUGAACGACCACGAUCUGAAGAAUCUGGGCAUCGUGUCGCCAGCACAUCGAGCCACAAUCCUCAAUAUUAAAAAUCAUCUUAUCAGUAUAUCCUGA